CCAGCCCCUUCCUUAUCUACAACGAGGACCACAACAAAUGUGUGACAGUCGUGAGUGCUAAUGUAAAGGCUGCGCCAUGUGAAAAAUCAUCUAAGGCACAGUAUUUCAGAUGGAUUUCCUCUUCACGAAUCAUCAGCCUCUCUUUAGGUCUCUGUUUGGGGGCAGAGAAGAUCGAAAACUGGGCUCAAAUUAUCCUUCUGCCCUGCAAUGAAUUUGACCCCGGACAAACCUGGGAAUGUAAAAAUGAGACCUUGUUUGGAUUGAAGGGACAUCCACUGCACCUGAACCAUGGACAUAAAAGUAACAAAAUUCUGGUGUUGUUAAAUGGAACAGGUGAUUGGAGUCGCUGGCAGAUUUAUGGGACCAACGAAAAUUUGUGUUCUCAUGGAUAUCAAGAGAUGUCUAGUAUAGGUGGUAAUUCACUUGGGAAAACAUGCCAUUUCCCUUUUAAGUUUAAUGGCAAGUGGUACGCUGAGUGCACUGUGGAUGGCAGGACUGAUGGUCAUCUGUGGUGUUCCACAGAAAAAGUUUACCACAACGGUGGAAAGUGGGGCUUCUGCCCCACAAAAAAUGUCUCACAGCCCAACAUCACAGUGUAUGGGCAGAUGCAGGACAGAGAGCAUGUGAUAGUGAUGUGUUCAUUUGGCAGGUGGUCCAUUGAGAGCUCUUUCCAGCUGUCAGUGGAGGGUGAACACAACUACACACUGAAGUGCCCACUGUAUUAUUUAAAUGAAAAGUGUGUGUUUGAUGUGAAAGUGAGUCCACCUGUUUCCUUCACCUGUGUGCACGAGAUUAAUUCUGUGGUGAACCGUCGCAGUGAGACUUACAACUACGGCCCAUCUGAUUUUUCUGCAAUCUUGGAUCAUCGUGAGGAAGGAGUCUCUUCAUUCUAUAUUGGCUUUUUCUCCUUCAUUGUUGUUGGUCUCGUCAUCAUGACAGCUGCAGUGAUCAUAGUCACCUUUAAGAGCAAUGCUAAAGGUCCAAAGAUUACUGGGGCAGCUGAUGUCUAUAUAUGAAUGUAUAAGAAGAAAUCCGAGUUUCUGAAGAUGAAAAAAUGGACAACUAAUCAAUUCAGAUUAAUCAAAUUUUCUGCAUGCUGAACUGUAUUACUCUUUCAACAUUCAAGUAAAAUCCUUAUUUUAUAUCUAGUAUCUCGCAACAGUGAGUACACCCCUCACAUUUAAGCAAACAUUUUAGUAUAUCUUCUCAAGGGACAAUAUAGAAAUGAAACUUGGAUAUAUUUUAGAGUGGUCAAUGUACUGCUUAUAUAGCAAUAUAUUUAUACUUUCCUCUAAAAACAAAUAAAAAUACAGCCAUUAUUGACAACAACAAAAGAAAUAGCAACAAAAGUGAGAGAACACCCUAAUUGAACAUGUCAAAACUCUGUCUAAAUCUUCAACAUUUUGUGUGAGCGCCACUGUUAUCUUAGCCUGGUUCAACCAGACUCUAAAUGAAAUUGAGCGGAAGUGCGUAGGAGGGCGCAGCCAGGCUACUGUUAUCUAGCUCUGCCUUUAAGAAUAUUUAAGAAUA